GGGGCUUGCAUGGCGACACGGAGAAGGGGUCAUGAUGGAGAGAUGCAGAGAGAAAGGGGGAGAGAGAAAAAAGGAGCAAGACAGGGAGAACUGAGAGGAGCAUCUGAGAGGAUAACUGCCUGUUUGCACACUCUUGUCUUCUUGCUCCCCCUCCUGUCCAUUCACUUCCACUCACAGCACAAACGCUCAGACAGCUAGGUAGGCACAGCGGAGCUCAGAGCUCUGAGGGAUGGAUAAAAAGGUUCCCACGUGAAAGGCAUGAAUCCACGGGAGAAGAGGAGGGUGAGAUAGAGAAAGACACAACCAGAGAGGAAAGAAGAAAGUGGUGAGGAGGAGGAGGAGGAGAGGAAAGGGGAGACAAGAGAGGAGCAGAUGGACUCUGCACAGUGGAAGGGAAACGGUGUGAAGCUCACCGAGCAGCAGUGACAGAGAGGUGGGAAUAAAAGCAAACACGAACGCCAGAGGGAUGGAAGAAUGGGCUGAAGAGACGUGAAGGAAUAGCCGAGAAGAGGAGGGAGCGUUUGUGGGAGACAGAGACAACACAGAGAGAAGCAGGAAGAGAGAGAUGUGGAGCUCACGCUGUCUUCAACCAUGAGAGAAUGAGUCACUGAGAGAAGAGCUUAGAAAAGAAAGAAACUGAGGGAGAUGAAUCAAAAGGAAGGUAGGGAGAACAAAACACAGUGAAACAGAUAGCCGUUUAUAGAGAAACAGGAAGGCCCAUCCUAUACUUUGGCCAUCCAAUCUCCUGAGGGCCCAUGGGACAAAGCAGGUGGAGAGGGAUGGUCUGCCAAGGAGACAAGUAGCCAAUGUGAUGGACACAGAAAGGAUGGACACUCUGAACUCCCUUCCCUCCUGUUUAUUUGACAGUAACCUCCCAAGCCUCAUCAAGAGUUCAUCUCCCUGGAAAGUUAAAGAGAAAUGGGAAUAAGUUUUCAGAAGACAUGGAGCCAUAUGGACACUUCUCACAAGCUCAUUUUAAAGAAAAUUUGAUGCUGCAUAUAUUUAUUUUUGUACGAAGGUAUGAGUAGAGACCCAUAAAGUUUAUUCGCUGUGUUUAAUAUUACUACACCUUGAAGACCUUGAAUAUGGUAAUCAAUCCUUUCUAGAGGACAAUCUUAGUUGGUGUACAGAUUUGGGAUUACCUGAGCAGCUGCACACAGCUAUAACAGCUAUAUCUGCUCUGUGAUGAAACUGGAACUCAGUCAAUCAUUUGUACAGAUCUCUCACUGUUACAAUGAGUACAUAGUAAAGCGGAGAUCGCUUUCCUUGUUGACGCACUAACACAACUAGGCCUUCACAACAUCAAACUGCCUGUGGAUGUUGGGUGAGCGAGAGAGACAAGAGCAAUGGUGAGCAAAGAGCCCAGUCACUUGCUCACAGGCCAAACCAACGGCAAGAGCACCUUGGCAGACAAGUUGCCCGGGACAAUGACUGUGCGCUCUGUGCUGCUCAAUCGAGACUCCCCAGAUAUUGAGAGCCGCCUCAAGCGGCGCCGCAACCGCACCCAUCAGGUCCGUUUUAAAGACCUGGAGGAUGGCAGCAGCAGCAGUGGCAACAGUGGAACAGGAGAAAACAAUAGCCAUCAGAGGCCUGCCACAGAUUGUGACAGCCCACAUCCUCUUCGCAAACACAGCAGUAGGUCCCCCCAGCCAUGGAUUAACAGGGAUGGGCCACGAGCUGAGGGUCUGCCUGGCCAAACCUCUGUGGUGGGAGCUGUGCGUGGGGACAUGGCAAGUACUAUAGAGGUGGUGGCUGCUUUCUUAGCCAGGGCCCCUCCUCAUCCACUGACGCCAGGUCCUACACGUCGAUGCUGGGCACCACCUCAGACUAACUCCCUAACUUUGCCAAUGACACGCAGGCCCAGUACGAGCACCAGCACAGCAAUUCAAACCUCCCCAUGCCUGAAAAAGCCCCAGUCUCUCUCUUCAACACAUUCACGUAGCCACAGCCUUGGGGACUCAGUGGGUGUGGAUGGGGAUGAUGAACAUGACUCUCAAGAUGAGUAUGUUUCGCAUAACCAUGUGUUGUUGCCUGGAUCCAAGGAUCAGAAUGGUCCUCCUGGGCCUGGGGAUCGAACUGUGGUAGAACGGAGGUCUAAAGCCUCCAGGACAGAAAUCAAAUCAGCAGUUAGUGUUGUAAAAAACUCAAGGCACAGCUGCCCCCCUUCGGUUCUUCAUAACAUUGAGCCAUGCCAUUUUUCCUCUGUAUCCUGUCGAGAUGGCCCUAAGCGUCAGGGAAGCAGCACUCCUUCUGUGGUGAGGAGGAGAAAGCGGCUGAAUAGGACGACAAGUGAUCCUGGGAAGGAAGUGCACUACUGUACCACACUCACUCAGACCGAAAGCCCCAGUCCAUCCCCACAACCCUCAAAUACCAAACUCUGUACCACUCAAGUUCAAACUGAGAGCUCCACCACACCUUUAACUUCAAAGUAUUGCACCGCCCAAAGUCAAACAGACAGUCAGCAUCACUCUUCACCUUUGAGUGACAAACAACGCAGAACUCAAAUUCAAACAAUCCACUCUUGUCCAACCCUACCUCCAAAUGCUGAACAGUGCACCACUGAAAUACAAACAGACUCAUCUUGUCACUCUCCUGCAAAUCAUCAGCCUUGCACUACGCAGACACAAACUUGCAGCCCUUGUGCUUCCCCACCUCCGCCAGCAUCAUCCAGCUCAAUGCCAGUUCAAUCUGAGAGUCCUGCACCCCCAACUACGAAUCAAGACCCUCUUGACACUCAAAUAACUACUGUGCCUUACUGUACCUCUCCCCCAACCACAAGUGCACCAACACAGACCCCUGAACACUGCUCUAAGCGACCCCUCUCCUCUCCAGCCAAGCCAGCUUGCACCACCCCACCUCCACCGACAGAACUGUCCAUUCCUUCCUCUACUUCUGCUUGUACUACCGUCCAACACCCCAUUCCCUAUUAUACAGUUGUGUCACCACCAACAACCCCCAACACAGCUACGGUCUGCUCCAGUCCUUCCUCAACUGCACCACCUUGCCCCACCCAAAACUGUACCUCCCCUAUCUCAAAUGUAGUACCAUCAAUUGCCCUGACCUGUUCCACCCCUACCCCAACGACAACCCCUAGUGCGACUCCCUCUGAUCCUACCAUACAUCCAACCACUGUUCCAAAUGUUACACACCAACCACCACAUAAUGCCACAAAUGUUACACCUCCUACAAAUCUAACACCCUGCACAUUUUCAACUCAAACUGCCCUGUCUUGCACCUCCAUAUCAUACUACUCUACCACACAUCCAAUUGGUCCCCAUGGCCUUCAACAAAACUCUACGUCACCUUCUUAUGCCACUCUCAUACAAACUGUAUCUCAUUGCAACAUCCCAUGUCAAGCUCUGCAAAAUACCUCUGCUGCUAACACAGGAAUUACCCCUUACGCCUCUCCAGUCCCCAGAAUGAAAUCUUGCACUUCUCCGCCUCCACUUGUGAAAACAUAUGCGUCCACUGUUCCAAAUACACAGCUGUGUGCAACACCAACUAAAGCUGUUCCUUUGUACUCUUCCACAUUUCGUGCUGCGCCACCAUACACCCCCCCCUCUCAGGCCCCCUACAAUGCUCAGGAUAAGAGGGGCAUUCGACUUCCACCUCCUCCCCCACCACCUCCACCCUACACACCACGCAAAAAGGGAAGUGAUCCACCAGGUCCUACAAUCCGAACACCCAUGCUCAGGGCAGACAGCAAGGCCAUUAAGAAAGAUAAAGACAUGGAUGAGAAAAAGGAAGAUGUAAAAUGUACAGACUCACCCAAGCUUUGUGAGAGAGCCAGCUCUCUGAAGCACAGAGCUCAAACUCCACCAGUUGCUGUGAUGAAGGGAGAGAAACAGUCCUCCUCCUCCUCUCCCGCCAAGGCCUGUUUUAAACCCAGCUGUCUCAGCUCAGCCCAGGCUCAGCUUGGGGCACUACACAAAAUGCUCUGCUCAGGAGCCAAUUCCAGGCCCAACACCCCCAACAGCCAACACCCACUCCCUCCAAACCAGCAGGGUUGCUCUGGAGCCAGGGGCUGCGCUGCUUCGGGGGAGCGACCUACAGCUGGGCCCCUGUCUGCCACUCAGGCUGACACACUAAGACAAGUCCAAGAAAUUCUGGGAGGGCUGGUGUCUGGGGCCAGGUGUAAACUGGACCCAUCCAGGGUGACAGAAAAGCUGCUGAGUCCUAAUGGACCCCUACAUGAUAUUCGCAGCCUGCAGAACCAACUGCACAGCCUGGAAGGGGUUCUGGAGACCAGCCAGAACACCAUUAAGGUUCUACUGGAUGUCAUUCAAGACCUUGAGAAGAAAGAAGCCGAGAGAGACGGAAGACAUUCCUACAGGACCGGACAGGACAUUGAGAACUGUGGGACCUGCAGGGACUGUGCCUGCAUCAUCUACAGUGUAGAGCAUGACUUUCGUCUGCAGGAGGGACAGGUGGUACGCACAUGGAAGGUCGGCGACCCUCCUGAGGGCUCGCCACAGCCCGCCACUCCACAGUCCACCACACCUCACCAACAAGACUCCCCCCAAGCAGUGCGACCCCCUGCCACCACCAAGAAGAACAGGAAGAAAUGUUUCUGGUUCCUCUGAGUGCUAGAGGAUGGAACAACUUUGAUACUGUAAUGCACUGCAUACCCUUCUCAGAAAAACUACAAACGAUAAACUAUGGAGAUUUGACGAAAAAAAUAAAAGAACAAACUGGAGAAUUUAAAUGCAAGCAUCCAGCUGUGGGAGGAGAAGGAGUUACGAAGGUUAUGAUUUUAGCCGUUGCUGAUGGAGUUGAUGAGAAUGGUUUGACUGGGGCACACAUGUUAUUACUGCUCUUAAAAUGCCUCUUCAGCACUUGUAGGUUUGAUACUGGUGCAGGGAAGUAAAAGUGCUGAAGUCAAAUAAAAGCAAAAGUUCAGUCUACAAUAUGACUCACAGUUAGGGAGCAAUUAGGAGAUAUAAAGAGAAUAUACUGUGUGGAGGGUGGAACAGGGCAAGGGGCAAAGUACAAGAGGCAAUACAGCAGAGAGGAUGGAGAAUAUUUAUAAAAGAUGAAAUGAACAGAGUUUAUAGACAGAGAAAAAGAAAAAACAGACAGGAGAGGAAGGACUCGUCUUCAUUAAUGGACUAAUGAGGGUCAGAACACCAGCUUUUAUAUCCAGAGACAUUUAAAAAAAGAAUUAUGACCUGUAUUUAAAACUUUUAAUAUACUGUAACUGAUGAAAAACUACUACACAUGUGUACACAUACAGCACACACGCAAACACACUCAAAAAAAUGAACAUGACAUAUUUACAUAAAAGGCAUUCUGAAAUUGAGAAAAAGAGUGAGCUGAGUUCUGUACAUAUCAGAGCUGUUCUGCUUGGAUGCUAUAUUUCAGAUAUGGAUAACUGCUCUAUAAAAGUAUUU